CCAGAUAACAAUAAAAAUAAACUUUUUGAACACAUGGUCAAAUGUAAACAAACGUUUCGCCCGAAACACAACAAAAAAAUAAUUAAAUCCCUAUGUGGUGACACAGACUGUAAACGUUUUUGUUUCUGAAAGUUUUGUCCCAAUUAUUAGCAAGAUGGUUAAAUGUGCAAAGAAGAAAAACGAAGCGUCUACAAACAGCGUUUGGGAGGAAGAAUCGGAUCAAUCAGAUGACCAACAGUGUUCACCAAUGGAAGCGGAAAGUGACAAUAGUGGAAGUGAAGUAGAUCAUCCGGAGGCCCUAACAGAAUCCGAACAGGAGGAGGAGAACGAUGACAGCGGGGCAGAAGAGGAUAAUGCUAGGAAACCAUCCAAAUUGAAGCUGGUGACGCCUCUGAAGAAGAAGAAACCAGGAAUCAUCUAUAUAUCGAGCAUUCCCAAGCACAUGAAUGUGACCAUCCUGCGGGAGCUUCUGGAACCGUUAGGGGAUGUGGGUCGAAUUUAUCUGCAGCCGGAGCUCAAAGAUGGCGCGAUCAAAAAGAAGACGGCAAAGGGGAAGCGGGCGAUGAUUCGCUACACCGAAGGAUGGGUGGAGUUCAAACGGAAACGCGUUGCCAAAGCGGUGGUGGAACAUCUCAACACCAAACCGAUCAGCACCAAGAAGAAGUCCAUUUUCUGUGACAUCCUGUGGAGUAUGAAGUACUUGCCCCGCUUCAAAUGGAUACAUCUGAGCGAACGGUUGGCAUACGAACGAGCGGUCCACAGGCAGAAGCUGCGAACGGAAGUCGCCCAGGCACGAAAGGAGGCUGGUUUCUUCCAGAGCAAUUUGGACAAGAGCGAAAAGAUUCAGAAGAAAGCGAAGCGAGAAAUGAAGGCAAAUAAACAAGAGCAGUAGAUUUGUUAGCCUGA